AUGAAAAUACUAGCAUUUGACAUAUCAACACUAUCGCAAAUAGUUAAAAUACAACAACCAAAAGAGUUUGUUGAAUCAGAAAAAUCUCCAGCUACAGAUCCUGUCAUUUUAUGGUUAACUGGAGGACCGGGAUGUUCAGGACUGUAUUCACUGGUUACAACCAACGGGCCAUUCCGUAUGAAUGCUGAAGGAAAUGCUCUGGUAAAGAAUCCUUACUCGUGGAACAAAGAAGCAAAUUUGUUGUUUCUUGAAUCUCCGGCUGGAGUGGGCUGGCAACAUUACGAAAAAUUUUCAAACAUUUUAGUAAUCUUUUUGUCAGAAUUUUGGCUCAUUAAGAUUUGAUG